AUGGCUGGAUUUUCAAAUGCCUCCACGUUUAUUAAAAUAGCGCUCGGAUUCUGUAUAGCCGCUGUUCUGUUCGACGUCAUCGGGUUUCCAACACCAUACUGGAUUUCAAAUGUUAUCUUUAACAGUGGUCUCUUCAAAGAAUGUGAGACGGAUGAGUUGAAAGCCACAACGGCCAUGGUCAUCAUUGGGUUCCUGGUCGGGCUGGUGUGUCUAGUGUUGACCAUCUGUCAUCUGUUCGUCGAGCCGCUGGGAACCAAGAUCAUCAAGACUGUCUGCAUGAUACUCGCAUUCGUAGCAGCGCUCUUCACGUUGGUUGGUGUCAUCAUUUACGGUGUAAAAUAUGACACAAACCUCGGCUGGUCUUUCGCUUUGGUGAUUAUCGGCGGUUUGCUGUACAUCGCUACAGGUGUCAUGUUUGUCAUCGACACGGUCAAAGGAUGAAGAGAACGCUGAUUUUAUUUAUAUUCUAUUGCAGCUAUCUACCUAAACGUGGAACUUUUAACUUUUUUACAUUAUACAGACAUAGUGUGUGUUUAGUAAAUUCAAUUAAUUCUGUUUUUUCUUUGCCUCUCUUCUGUUCUGUAAUAAUCGAUUUCGUAUAUUCUGUCACUGUAUUAUACUAAAAGAAAAAUCAAGUUAUCAAAACAAAUAAAAUGCUAAAUUAUAAUCAACUCGCAUUUGCAGUAUCUGAGCGCAGCCUGUGAUAUUCAUUAUACUACUGCUGAACAAUACGAGAUAACCAAGGCUGAACAAGGACAUGUGAACGAUUUGUGACAAACUGCCUGUUUAUCGUCGUUAUAUGAUAUGGUGCACAUUCCUUUGAAUAAAGGUGUUUUAUUUAAUAUUAUUAUUAAGAUUUGUUAUAGAGUCUAUUAACGUAUUUAUUCUCGUGUGUGCUUUGCUUGUGAAUUGUAUCCAUUUGUGCAAAUUAAUAAAGCUGA